AUGAAAGUCAACAUACCCAAGGUUCCUGAUCAUCUCAUGAAUCUUUCGAAAUACACACGCUAUAGUUUGGAUUCGUGUGGUGAGAUUGAUGGUAUCUCCAACAGUCGAGCUUGUAUGUAUGUGCUUGAGGAGGUGAAAAAGUGGAAGCAAAAGAGCUCACCAACUGAAAUUGAUUCUCAUCAACCUGUUAGUAUAAUAGCAAUGGAGGAUGAUGGUAAAGACUAUUCUAAAGAAAGUGUGAACCGACCCAGCUUUCCAGUACACAUUGCGGCUUGGGAGGAACAAAAAAAUGAAAGUGAAACAACCGAAGAAGAUGAUGAUUUUGGAAUGGAUAUGACAGAAGACAGU